AUGGGCGCUUUGCUCUCAUGCAUCUCGGAGAAGGAGGUGAGGAGGAAAGCGCCGCCGGGGAGGCGUCGCCCACCUCCCUCCGCCGGCGAUCACCGAUCCCUUUCUGCGGUCCUGGGGUCGAGCAGCAGGUGGAGCAAACUCGGGGCCUCGAGGAAGGACAGAUCCGAGGAGGCGCUGAUCCAGGAGCAGGCGCUCGCGGCGGCGCUGCUGCUGCAGCAGAACGGCGUGGGGUUGCCGUUAGACAGGUCGGCGUCUCUGCGGUUUCAGGCUCCGGGGAAGAAGAAGGAAGGCCUGCCUAGGAGCUCGAGCUCCAGGGCGAGGUCGCUCGCGGAUCCCCUCCUCCAGCCGCACCAGCUCGUCAGUCAGGUGUGCUGAAUCGCGAAUUGUGGAUUAAUCGACGAGUAGUUUUAAAAUCUCCAAUUUCCUGUGGGGCUGGGAUUCUGUUGUCGUCAACCCCAUUUCUCAGGCGCUGAGAUGCAUUAUUAUAUACGGAAUUCAGAUCGUCUGAAGUAGAUCUUUGUUUUAUCGUUCUUGACAAUCACUAGACUACGCCAUCUCACCGUCGCUCAUAUCUCUGUCGGAACAUUAUUGGUGCCGGAGGCAUCAUGAUCGUCAUUAUAAUCGAUUAUACUCGUCAUCCUCCCAAUCGUCGUUAUAAUCGUCGGUUGUCUUCAUCAUCGUCUGCAUCAUCUUGCCAUCACCACCAUCUUUUUCGUCUUUGCCACCGUUCAGAGCGAAAAUUGUCUCCUUUCCUCCUGGAAUAAACAAGGUUUAUGACAAACAGUGUAAAUGGAUAUAUGCGUGACCUCUUCUCGUGCUUGCUUUUGUUUCCUCCCGUGACGAGAUGCAAGGUUUCCUGGCAGGAUUUGAAGAUUGAUGACCUAGAGACUGGUACUAUUGUUCUUGUCCAUGGCGGUGGCUUUGGUGCCUGGUGUUGGUACAAAACCAUGGUGUUUCUUGAAGAGAGCGGAUUUAAAGUGAUUGCUCUGGAUCUCGCCGGUUGUGGAGUUCAUUCUUUUGACACAAAUAGAAUCACAAGUCUUUCCCAAUACGUGAAGCCACUCACUGAUUUUCUUGAGAAGCUUGCAGAUGGUGAAAAGGUACCUUCAUUCGUCAACCUUAACCAAAGUGAUACUUCUUCUUCCAUCUUCUUUUCUGUUCGAAAUUUAAACUUCAAUUGUCUUUCCUACAUUGAACUGUGAACUCUGAACGAUGGUUAUGUGCCAUCAGAAUUUACUGAUAUUUCCGUAUAUUUUCUUGAGAUGACUGAAAAAUUAGUCUGCAGAGCUCAUUAAUGUGCAUCUUUUCAUCAGCAAUGAAAUGGAAAUGAUAUGCUUUCCUCGAUAGAAUUGGAAUUCGGAAGUUUUGAGCGCUCCCUUAAUUAUUACGAUGAGCGCUCAUGGCUUCUAACAGUUGUGAGAAUUAAAUGUCUCCCAAGGUCACAAAGUCGAAGAGGUUUCUUGCUCUUAUCCUUAGGAGUUGUUGCUAGAGUUAUUCUCUAGCAAAGUCUCUUUCUCUGUUGCUAGAGUUAUUUGUUCCUAGUUGUUCUCCCCAACCAUCUCUUUUUCUCUGAGGACUGUAGCGAGGAGUAACAAGUUCGGCAGACUUAAAAUAUUGUUCCAUCAAAGGCUUUGCCAGAAGAUAAACCGGGUCAUUUGGUUGAUUUUAUAUAGUCACAGCCAAUGAAGGAACUUGGUUAAAACAUAAUGCACGCGUGUUUGAAGAGUUUCAAUGCCUGUGAAUAGCAUGUUAUGCCUGCGCUUGGAAAUUGAUUGUAUCUUUGAUAUAUUAUGUGUGCAGAAUCAUGCAUAUACUAGCCUGAGAAGAAAGGUAUAUGGCUGGUUUCCAUAUCGCCUGCAGGAGUACGCUUGCUUGGAAUAAUUUGACACAGAUUACUAUGAAUAUUAUAAGGUUUUCCUCAAUGUCUCUUUUUGACAUUUAUCACUGAGUGUAAGAGCGAAUUUCUGGUUUUUUUUUUGCUAAAACCAUCUGAGGAGAAUGAAUUAUGAAUAUCUUCUGUUGUUCCUUCAUCUGAAACAGCCUGGUCAACUAGUGGAUUACUCUGACUUAAUCCAUUUCAAUCAAGGUCUCUCAAGUUAAAGGCAUGACUUUGUAGUCUUUCAUAUCAGGGGUUCAGUUCUGUGUCAUCGUCGAACUACCCUCAUUGCUCAUGCUCAGUUCCUGCUGGACUUGGGUGUUUGAUGUGUUGAUACGCCUGUCCCAUUGCGCACCUGUUGAUCCACACUCUCUCUUCUCCGAUGUUCCCUCCAAGAAGACUGAGCAUCCGAUUUCUACUUCAUAAUUGGAGUCUGAAGAGUACCUUGGAAAAUUCGUAUCUCUGCAGGUCAUUUUGGUCGGGCACGAUCUCGGCGGCGCCUGCAUAUCUUUCGCCAUGGAGAUAUUUCCAUCCAAAGUCACCAAGGCUGUAUAUAUUGCUGCUGCGAUGCUGAAGAGCGGUCAGAGUACUGUUGACAUGUUCUCUCUCCAGGUUCGUUCCUCUCUCAUCCCAUGCAUCCAAUCCGCCCCUCAGAGCAAGCAAUCAAAGGUGUCUCAUAUUUCUCUCUCCUCCGCUGCUGCUUGUAGGAAGGCGUGGAUGAUCUUAUGAGGCAGGCCCAGGUGUUCAUAUAUGGGAACGGGCCCGAUCGUCCCCCAACCGCCAUUGACCUCAAGAAGUCCUCCCUGAAGGACCUGAUGUUCAACCAGAGCCCCAGCAAGGUGAGUCCCCUCUCUGAUGUUCCCAUGAAUUCUCCUCAUUUAGGGAUCAACAGCCACUCAAGUCCCCGAGAUCUUGCCUUCCUCAAAGGACGUUGCCCUGGCCUCGGUUUCGAUGAGGCCGGUGCCCUUUGCCCCACUGCUGGAGAAGCUCUCGCUCUCUGUCGGCGGCUACAGCUCGGUGCGGAGAUUCUACAUCGAGACGGCGGACGACAACACCAUCCCCCUGUCGUUGCAGCGGGCGAUGUGCGAGGCUGAUUCCCCCGAGCGGGUCUUCCGGCUGAAGGGCUCUGACCACUCUCCAUUCUUUUCGAAGCCCCAGGCCCUCCACAAGCUCCUGGUGGAGAUCUCCAGGAUUCCCAAGAAUAGCACCCCACUGCCGCCGCCGCCGCCGCCGCUGACCCAGGUUUGA